AUGAGUUUAGCAAUUGAAGGAUAUGUUAAUGCAUUAAGAGAUGUUUUAGAAGUAUGUUUGUGCUUAUAAGAUUUUCCAAGUGAGAUUGUCGAAAAACAUAAUAAACCUGAAGUUGAAUUAUAUGGAUAUAGCUAAAAAACCAAAACCUAGUUCUUCACCCUAUAUAUUUAGCAAGAAGUGAUAAGGAAAAUGCUUAAUAGAACCAUCUGUAAAUUCUUGCAGA